AUGAUGAGGUCUAUUCUCCAGACUGUGUGGGCUCUUUUCAUGCUAGUGGCUGUUGCCCAGGCCCAGUUCAACUUCUUCGACCAGAUGUUUGGGAACAACCAACAACAGCAAGGUCAUCGCCAAGGCCCCCAGGAUGUCCCAAGCGAUAGUGUUCGGUACCAGAACUCUUGGAGUCAAGCUCAAUGCAGCAACUACCUUUGCCCUGGAACCCUCGCUUGUGUGAGCGUCCCACAUCAUUGCCCAUGCCCACACCCCGAUGUCGAAGAAAAGGUGGAACUAGGAGAAGGCAGUGCGAUCUGCGUGUCGAAAGGGGGAUUUAAAGCGGGCGAAGCGCUACGGAAAAUCGAAUUGGCUCGCAAGGGACUGCUGUGA